AUGAUUCGCAAGCCACAGCUGAACCUACUGACGGUGCAAAGCGAUUCAGCAACGGAACGGAGACUAUGCGAUUAUAUUAUGGAGAAUAUGAAUAAUGAGGAAAUGAUGCUUGAAGCCAUUUUCACUCUGGAACGAUAUUUUUCACAAAAGCAAUCUUUGAGCGCGUUGUCAUUGAAGUCAACCGAAAUAUUGUCUCACGUAUUGAACCAAGUUUUGCACAAUUCCCGUUCACUUGACGUGAAACUAAUUUGUGUUCGUAUCUACGCCCGUAUAAUGUCCUCGGAUUCUAAUCAUGUUUUGAAAAACCGUCUGAUCACCGCAGCCGAACCCGAACUGAUUUGUAUGUUUCUGUCUGCGGAUGAGGCCCAGGCCACUAUCUGGGAUUGUUUCGCUUAUCAUUUGAUGAGCACCAGAAAACUUGCUCCGAUUGUUCGUCUGCUCGUGUCCUGUGUAUUUGCCAUGGGUUGGAACAGACAGAAGCGGGUAUUAUGCAUAGAAAAUUUACAUGAUGUGCUAAAAGAGAAUCCGGAAGCGACACUGACCACAGAAGACUUGUCUAUUGUAUUGAUGUUUAUAUUGGAAAAACUCACACAUAGUGAACCGGGUGAAGAGGAGGAAAUUGCGGCUCAAGUACUGAAGAUUUUCACCGAGACCAUUUCUGUCACGGAUGUAGACAAUUCGAUUCAGCUGCUUCCAACUCACUUGCAGUCAAUUUUCGCCACAAUUAAGAAGGAAGAAUAUCGAGGAUUACUUAAUAGCCAAAACCGCGAGAGUCUAUGUGUUCCUCUUCCAGCUCUCAAGCUGAACAACGACGUGGAAUCCCCUGGUAUAAAAAACAAUAGUUUUUCAAGUUCCAUGGAUCAGUUGAAUUUGCACUAUUGUAUUGAGUUUGCAACCGCAUUGAAACAAUUUUUUGCCAAUAAAAAGAAAUCUCCUAAUGAAUUGGAUUUCGGUGGACUGGAGAGUGAAUUUCCGUGCAUUAUGCAAGUUUCAUUCUCAUUGGCCAAAACUUGUAACCCUCCGAUCAUGGCUAAAUUACUGGACACUAUGCAGAUCAUCCUGGAACAUAUUCCACCACAAACCGCCCACACGCAUUUACCACUGAUCAUUCAAGCUUUGGUUAUUCCGCUAUCGGAUCCAAGCAAGCAUGUACGCCAAAAACUGUCUACUAUACUGGUCAGUCUGUGUCGUCUUGUUCCUCCGGGAGUGGUUGUGGACCACCUGGCAAAGACUAUUCAUGCAACUCCCGUACCGAAAGUUCGUUUGGGAAUUCUAAGGGCUAUCAUAUUUUCCUUGCUGCUUUUCCCCGGUGAAGAAUUGAAUCCGCUAUAUUUGUGCCGCGAGGUCUGUUCCAUUCUUUGCACAGACAAUAAUGAGCAGGAUGAAACAAAAGGUACCGGUUAUAUGGGAUCGAUGAAACCUACACUUCCGAAAUUUCCACUGGGGGUAAACCGUGUCAAGGAAGACAAACUGUCAGAAGUUCAUACCGAUUAUAAACGAUUGAUUUCUGAUCGGACUCAAGACUCGAGCACAGAUGUGCGAAUGCCACCGGUGCCACCGGUACACUCACCACAAACAAAAAGAGCAAAGAGACCACUGGGUGUGUUCAAAAUGCCAAAGCGAAAAGAUUCGUCUUAUGUUCAGAUCGACCAGGAGAAACGGGGUAAAGGAAAGCAAGUGAAACGAAUCAUGAAUCGAGGCAAAUUGGAACAAAACAGCAGUCCACAGGAACCCGAUAAACUGGAAUUAGGUGUGCCACGCAGGCUAGAUACAGAGCCCAGAUUGUUCUCAAGAAAGGCCAAUACCAAACCGGAUGGCGUUGCUCCAAAGAAAGUGAUUUAUGGUUCGGCAAAUUCCGUACCGAUCUUUCGUGUACCUCAGAAAGUUCGAUUUGCCGGCGAAAAGCAUGUUGGCCCAUCAACAAUUAGCCAGCAGACUCCCCAUACAAAUCUGAAAAUACCUUUAAAUCAAAAAGUCCCCGUACGCCUACCACCUCUUCCCAAACCGUUGCUAUCUGCAUCGUCAGUGAGCACACAGCUAAGCACUUUAACGAGAAGGAAAGAUACCAUAUUGAAAUCGGCAAACAUUCGUCGCCGAUCAGGACCCCAAAAUUCAUCAGCUGGUAUGCAUGGUGCUUGCAAACGUUCACCGGAUUUAACCAGAAUUCGCUCUCGCAAGGGAAACUUGGAAGUUCGGAUCCACUUGAAAGAGGCUCGGAUAAUUAUCGCUCAAAUCGCGCUUGACUUUGCUCUUAUUCCUUAA